UGUAAUUUACGGAUUGGGGCAGUAUUUCCAUUUCUUAACCGCAAGCAAGUGUCAGGAGACGGUGGUGUCAGGCGCCUGUGUAGGAGUAAAGCGUAUUUAUUUUGCAUUCCACGAAGGCCUUUGCAUUAUAGCAGUUUUACGUAUGAUUUACAUUGUACAUGAUUUGUAGCAACUUGAGGUUUAGCUCAGCCAAAACCACUGGGCCUGCGCCGUAGCAAUCUCCUGCCAGAUGCUUCCAGGAGCAGCGCGUGAUACCAACCGACCUCGGCUCCAGCGAGCACCGGAAGUCCAGAAGGUUCGCCGUUUCCGCUCCUCCCAGGUGUCCAAUAGGAUAGAGCGGGACAGCCCCGGAAAUGAUGCCACGGAGGUCCGUAUCAACCCUGUGGAGUUCAACCCCGACUUCAUAGUGCGUAUGAUACCCAAAGUGGAGUGGGCGGCGCUUCUGGAGGCUGCGGACCACCUGCAUCUCAUCCAGGUGCCUAAAGAGCCGAUUCAGGGGUAUGAGCAGAACGAGGAAUUUCUGAGAAAGAUGCACCACGUGCUGCUGGAGGUGGAGGUCUUGGAGGGCACCCUGCAAUGCCCAGAGUCGGGACGUGUGUUCCCCAUCAGCCGUGGCAUCCCCAAUAUGCUGCUGAGUGAUGAGGAAACUGAGACUUAAACUGUGCCAGGCGCCGGUUUUUCACUCUGGUUGUGUGAAUCUUUGUUUACUUUAUCUUGUUUGUUAGUCCUAUCCUAUGUAUCCCUAACCCUUGACCCAGUGACACACCACACAGUGUUUUUGAGCUCGAUAGUAUAUAUAUUUUUUUCUCAUUAAAGGUUCAAAACCAAAA